AUGCAGACCGAUGGCGACCAUGGCGAUGCCACAUCUCACGACGACAAUAGGCUCGAUGUCCCGGCGGUGGUGCGCGCCAUGGAUGCAAGAUUUUCGAGCCUCCCUUCUUCCCGGAUGACUCGCACUCGCCGAUACCAGACGCUCAGCUCGCGAGACGAGGCCGAGGAGCGGUCGCUCGCCCACGCUCACCUCCGCAACUGCAACCUCUGCCCGCGCCUCCGCGGUGUGAAUCGAUACGAGAAGACUGGGCUGUGCCUCAUCGGGGACAAGGCCAAGGCGAAGGCGAAUGUCACAGCGCCCCAUUUUGGAGAAGGUGGCAUCUCUGUCCCCGAAAACGCCAUGCACCUCGUCUCCCCACACAAGACCAGUUGA